AUGCUUACUCGUAUUCAUCUCUUGGCUUGUAAAUCCAUUGUAGCAAGUAAUUCAGCACAUUACACAACAAUCGGUAAUAAGCGGAUUGGAUAUAACCCUGACUAUGACAAAGACGUUGAAGGUAUACAGAAGGUGAAAACUGACAAGUCAGUUGGGAUUGAUGGUAUUCCAUCUGAGGUCUGGAAACAUGGAGGUCAUGCACUUCAAGCUAAUUUUCAUGAAUUAGUUCUGCUGGACCGUACAUUAGAAUCAGAAUAUUCCAUCCUGUCAUUUCUUUCUCUGGAAGGGCUAUUAUGCAGAAGUAUGUGUAAGAUUUAA